CUCGCCUCCCAGGGAACAGGCUUGGAGCGAACUUUCGCCGCGCUUUCUUCAAGAAAAGUAUUUGAAACAUCGGCCAGUGGCAUAGCGGUGAGAGUUCCGUCAAUGAUCGCUGACUAGAGGGUCAAACCCCUCAAGCGUGGGAAUUUCCGCGUGAUGCCAAGUUCCCCAUAUAUGUGCCGCCCGAAGGCAAUCCUCCAGGCGAUCUUACAGGGGCGCGGAGAAGCGCCUGUCGCGUCACACUAUACUUACUCACUAUUCAGGCGGUAUUCAGUUUCCGCCUCGCCGCCCAAUGAGCCAUUACCUAGUGCAUCCAAUGGAUCCCUGCCAUUCACGCUUCAAGCCACUAUAGUCCUCGCCCGCGCACCAUUGCUUACUGCUUCUCCAAAAAAAUUUGAGUCCGAAUAUUACGCAUAUCAAGCUCGUCUACACCGUGCCUUAUCUCAGCCUUUCCCUGCCGAUUUCUACUUUAAAAAAGGGUCUCUCCUGGAAAGGAGGUUCAAUGCUGAGGAAAGGGCUCGUGAACAAGUUACCUUUGGCGAUGGCUUCGGCAUUUCCACCAAACUCGACGAUAUCCCCUCUGACGAGGAGGCACUUCGUUUACAACCUCGUGAAACAGACGCGGAUAAAACGAACAACGUCAGAGAUCUCAAUAGACAGGGGGAACGAACGCUCUACCUAUUAGUUAAAUCUUCAAAGGCUUCUGGUACCUGGGAGUUCCCAACAUGGGAAGCUGGCACUACUCAACCCCUUCACACCUCUGUACAGGAGGCUCUAACCGCCUCGCUAGGUCCUAAUAUGAAUAUUUGGAUGAUUGGGCGCCAGCCAAUAGAUGUCCUUGAUACAGACGCCAGAAAGACUUUUUUCUUCAAAGCACGAAUCCUUGGUGGAAAACCUGAGAUUCAUUCCAAUUCAUUUGAGGAUUUCGCAUGGCUCGCGAAGGAGGAGGUUCAGGACCAUGUUAACCCGGCUUACUGGACGCAUAUUGAUUCAUUACUGCCGAGAGUAUAACGUACUGCCAAUAGAUAUUAUGAAACAUUUGGGGCAGAGAUUGCUUUUACGUGCCUCUUGGCAU